UGGGCAUGCUCAUAGGAACGACGACGAGUGAAAGUGUGUGAGCGGGAGUGCAAAGCAAAGUAACUGGACUUUCCACUUCUGCUGCUUCGGCCUACUUCCCCCUCUUUCCACACCCACCCAGGUCACCAUGCUCGACGACGACACGGCCAACCUCCCCUACGUCCUCUGGUACCAGUGUCGCCUCUGCACCCACCUCUUCUACAACGACCAGAAUAAAAUCAUCAAGCAUCUCAGGGAUAAGCAUGGCUAUGGUGGAGCAAGUGGUGUGGACACGACCCCAACGACUGCGACGAAAGGACCUCCCACAUCUGCACCUACAGCUUUGUCUAAAGGGACCACAUUAAAGAUUAAGGAGCAGCACUUUGUUGCUGCCAUCCCUUCCACCUCUUCGAUAACUGAUGGCGAUGGUGACUUGUGCGCCGAAGAUGUAAUUAACAACAACAACAACAAUAGUAAAUAUGCAACAAAUUCGAAUUCUCUAACAAAGCGGAUGCCCAAACUAUUUCACAAAGAUGAUAUUACAAAGGAAGGUUCUCACCAUGUUGCCAUUUCACAAAUUCAACAAAAUCCUAGACAUAGAAUCAAUGCAAAUAAUGUCAGACGAGUUGUUCCAUCAAUUGAAGAGUUGAAAAGGCAGCUGGUUAACUCAGAUAUUGACAUUUCUGAGAUUAAAAUGACAUAUGAAGAAGAUGAUGAGGAGGGGGAGGACGAAGAGGAAGAUGGCCAAGGCGGCAUCAUGGAGUAUAAUGAGGGCGAUGAAGAAAUCAAGGGGCAAGCGUACAAACAGGAAGGUUAUGAAGAUCAAGACGCAGAAGACGGUUCCGAGGAAGUAGACGAGGAAGAGGAGGAAGAAGAAGAAGAGGAAGAGAGCGCUUCCACAUCCAACCAAAGCUUCUACGACACCGACAUGGGAGAACAAUUCCUGUUUGGUCAAGACCCUGACUCUGAGUCUAAUUAUGAUGAGGAUGGAAUUAUGACUCCCAACUUUGGAAUGGUGGAUGAACUUUAUCGCCGUGCAAGUAUGGCCGCGAGUACAUCAACAUCUUCGUCGUCAGAUCCGUCAGCAUCAAAUCGAAGACGAACAUUUCACAACCCGUGUAAACUAUGCAAUAAGAUAUUCCCCAGUCUGUCAAUGCUAAAGAAACAUGCCAAAACACAUAACACCCACAUUUGUAAAUUUUGCUUCGACUGUUUCCCAAGUGCCGCAGGAUUAUCGAAACACCUUAGGGUACAUUCAGAAGAGAAUCCGAACGUUUGUCAAGAGUGCAACAAAUCAUUCACUUCAUGGGCAACGUUGCGCACUCAUAUGAAGAUACACUCGGGUGAGCGUCCAUUCGGGUGCGAUCAGUGCGGGCAAAGAUUCCAAACAAAAAGUACUUUGGAUUCCCACCUGAGAAUACAUUCGGGUAGCAGACCACACGUAUGCCCAGUGUGUUUUAAAAGCUUCAGGACAUCCAGUCCACUUUAUCGUCAUAUGAGAUCGGUACAUAAGGGUUUGCCGAUGACGAUGGGAACUGUGACUGUCAAUAGUUGAUGCAAUCUCAAGUAAAAGCAACUUAUCAUUCCGUCACGUAUCAAACCGAAAAACGAAAACUUUCCAUUAAUAAAAUCUCAAAGAUGGGUCAGCCAAUAACCCUUCGUCGCUACAUAGGAUCAUUCCAGAAUAAAAAUUCCACAUGACGCAACUCGGUCAUUCCAUACGAAAAAAAUAUUGUAAAUUGUAUUCAACUCACUCUGCGUAAGGAUGUAAGUAUGUACAUAUAUAUUCGACGCGAAGAAUCACGUCGAUAUUAUGUAUUUAUUUAAGUUCAUAUCCCAGAACCAAGAAUUUCAUGAUACAUGCAAUUAUAAAAUGUUCAGUACCAAUUGAAAAUUUUAAUUUCUCCAGAGUAUAUAAUAUGAUGUUGAUCAUUCGUUCGCACGUAUAGGAUGUCGUCGUACGUGUUUAUUUAUAUAAACUUGUAAAGAUACGGUAGCUACAUAUAUAUUACUACUGUUCGGUUUUUAACUCAAUGUGCUAAUAAUUUUUAAAUUGUUAUUUAGUUGUUAAGUUUUAAUCACUUUAAGAAUGUGCCCAUGUAUUUGUUCAAAUUCAGAUUGAGACUAGCCGUCUCAAUUUAAUAUGUAUCUGCUUUUCAGCUUUCAUUUUACAAAGUGUAUGCAUAUGCCGUAUGGGGUGAGUGUUUUUUAUAAUGAAUUUUUGCAUGUUAAUAAAACUGUAACUUAUUGAAAUGAG